AUGGCCAUUGCACGGAAUCUCCUACUCUUGAUUUCGGCGCUCUCAUCAUCAUCGGUGACGAGCGCCGCAUCGUCGUCAUCGGGUCUGCCCUUUGUGAUCAACACGUGGGGAGGACCCUUUACAGCCGCCACCGACGCGGCGUACCUCGCGCUGGUCAACGGCACGGCCGCGACGGCCCUCGACGCCGUCGAGGUCGGCUGCACCACGUGCGAGGCCAACCAGUGCGACGGCAGCGUGGGCUACGGCGGGUCCCCCGACGAGAGCUGCGAGACGACGCUGGACGCGCUCAUCAUGGACGGCGCCACGUUUGCCGCGGGCGCCGUGGCCAACCUGCGCCGGGUCCGCAGCGCCGUGGGCGUCGCCCGCGCCGUCAUGGAGCACACGGCGCACACUUUGCUGGCCGGCGACCAGGCCACGGCGUUUGCGGUGCAGAACGGCUUCGUCGAGGAGGACAUUUCGACCCCCGACUCGCGCGCCGCCUGCGCCGAGUGGCGGGCCGCCGCGUGCCAGCCCAACUACCGCGUGGCCGUGUCGCCCGACGCGUCCGUGUCGUGUGGACCGUAUACGCCGCUGCAAGUGGACAACACCACCAGCGCCCAGACCCAGGCGUCCCACGAUACCAUUUCCAUGAUUGCCAUUGACGCCUCGGGGGCCAUGGCGGCGGCCACGUCGACCAACGGCGCGUCGCACAAGGUUCCCGGCCGCGUGGGCGACGGACCCAUCGUCGGUAGCGGCUCGUACGUCGAUGGCGAGGUCGGUGGCUGUGGUGCCACGGGCGAUGGAGAUAUCAUGAUGCGGUUCCUGCCGUGCUACCAAGCGGUCGAGAGUUUGCGACGCGGACUCACACCUCAAGAAGCCGCCGACGACGCCGUCGCUCGCAUGGUCCGCAAGUUUCCGACCAUUUCCAGCGGCAUCGUCGUGGUCGACAACCAAGGGCGUCACGGCGGCGCGGGCUCGGGCUGGACCUUUACGUAUGCGUACCGCGGCGGCGUCAUGAACGAGACGGUCGUGGUCUCGGUGCCGCCGAUUGAUACGGCGGACUCUAGUCUCGCGUAUAGGGGACAGAUUCAGCUUUAG